UCUAAUUUAAUCCCCAUCCCCAAGAAAAUAUUCUGUUUUUAGGGGGUUUAUUCUACCAUGACUUUUCCAUGGAAGAAAGCUAAAUCAACCCUUCUCUCGCGGCUGGUUGCCGACCUCCACCGACCCCCCCAAAGCGGCAGAACCCUCGUGCUGGAGACUGGCUUCCCCACCUCCCUCGUCGAUCUCUUCGUCAAGAAUCGUGAUCGGUUGAGAAAAUCCCCUAAAAGGAAGUCCACUUCCCAGAUCCAAACCCCUGUUGUUACCCGUCUACCUUCCUCGCCUCCCCGAUCGUUCCCCGACCCUCCCUGCGAAGAAAAGGCACAAUCUUCUGGGAUAGAUAUUGGAAAAUCGGUGAUGGUUCAGAGAAAAUGCGCGGGUGGUAGUAGGAUCGGGUUCCGUGCGGCGGUUAAAGUUAUUAUUGUGGCGGCUCUAGCUGUUAGUACUAAACAGCUUACGCUUUGGAUCAUGAUGGCUGCAUUCUUGCUUUUUCUGUUAGAGUUUGGUUUCUCGCUGCCAGAAUUUCAGUCCAUUUUGUUGGGUUUUAAGAAAUGGGAUCGGGAACAAACACCAUCAGCUGGGGAAUUAAAUGCGAAACAAGAAGCAACAACUGUUCUCCCUGGUUAUGUUGAGUUGAUUGAUAUGGAAAUUGAAUCGGAAUUCAAUUGCGUAGAGGAGACGCAGAUGGAGACGAGAAGAGAAAGGAGUCGGAGUGGAAGAUUCAAAAGACAUUUGAUUAAGAAAUUAGUGCCGAAGAAAUUGCGACCUGGAAAGAAGAAAAACGAGGAUCAAUGGAGAGCUGAUAUGCAUAAAAGGGAGGAGCUUGAAGAUGAAUCACAACAAGUAAAGAUAUCAAGAGAUGAUCAAGUUUUAUUGGUCAAAGAAGAAAAGUUGGAGAGAGGGUCAUCGGGGCAGUGUCUGAGUGUGAUUGUUCUAGCCGGGCUGCUUCUAGGUGGCCGGGGGGCUGCACUUUUGAUUACACUUGUAUGGUGCUUGAUGCUAACAUAUAUUAGGAGACUCAGAUGUUGAAAUCAUCCAUUCAUGGUGACAAUAUCGAUCGACACCCUAACUUCCGGUGACAAUAUCGAUCGACACGUAACUUCCCAUGACAAUUUGAAGAUACUGGUGACAUUCAAAGAAGGCCUUACUUGAUUUGUAUGUAGUGAGGUAGUUGCAACGAUUUUUUGUUGUAAUUUGAAGUGAAAAUUUACAUUUACGUUCACAUACAAGUUCAGAGAAGUGGGGGAUUGGUAGUUGAGGUUUCCAAAUGAGAAGUAAAAAAAAUUCCAAUUAAGGCACACAUAAUCACUUUCCACUAACGCACAA